AGGAUUUUCCAGAAAUUUUUUCAGUUUUCGGAGAAAGCCAGGAAUAGACAAAAAUGCGGGUUACGACCUUGAAUCCGCGUUGGCCCGAUUCAGGGGUUUUUUAUGAUGGGGGUCACUUGCCGAUUUUGCGGAAUCCGCGUUGGGAGUCGACGGAAGCUCAUUUCAAUUUUUGUCGUCUCAUAGGCGUGCAUGUGGUGGAGCACUGCUAUGCGGACCAGAGAAACAGUAAGUUCACAGCCUUGAUGCCACUUACCGCAGAUUUCAAAUCUUUCAAAAAACGUCUCGAAGGGUUGAUCCGGAUGCACAGGACACUGACUACUGAUCCCGAGUGGUGCAUGGCCUUGAAGGAUGUUUUUCCAGAAACUGCUCAUUUGCAUGGCCUUGUGCGUCACGUACCAAGGUACGAGUGGAAUCGUUUUGACACCGGUACUCGGUCGAGCGUCGAUUAUUUGCAAAGGGGGUUGUUCGAAAAACCAGCUGCGGCAGGAGACGAGGAGUAUCGGCAAUAUCGUGAUGGGGUCGAUGGAUGGGGAGGCAAGUUUGCCAGAUACAUUUUUUCUAAGUACGACGAAAUGAAGAUGGACCUGCACGAAGCAGCCGACACCAAUGCUGACACAGAGGAGCUGGCGUCUGAGCCCGUCGUGGUCUGGGGCGUACGAGGGUUCGCGCCAGAUGUUCGUGCAACGCGCGGCCACAGGCAAGCUUUCGACUUUGACGCCGGGUGGGCGCAAACCGGAAGGAAGUGUACGAGUCAAGCGAAACUGAAAGGCGAGGCCCCGAAGAGAACUGCUGGAACCGAUCCACUGGCGAGGAGGAAAUUGGACUCCGAGGACACGUGGAAGGAGUUUGCAAGCGUGGGGCCACAGUUUCUGUCGCGUCACUUCGCUCAGGUUGCCGAAGCCUACGGGGGUCACGAGGCAGUGGCGCGAAUUUGUUUUAUUGAUGGUCUGCAGGAAGUCCGUGACCCGCUCAAUACUGUCAUCGCGGCGAGCGAAAGAGAGGAGAACUGUUCGCUUAAGCAGGAUUUAAUACGAAUGUUGGCGCCUCCGGAAGAAGAUGAUCGCCAAGAAGCAUGGCAUUAUCUUCGACGUGGCGUUGAAAGCAGUCCCUACCAUGCGACUAAAGAGUUGUGGAGAGUGUACAAGAAUGCGAAUGAUGUAUCUCACCCAUACGUAAACGUGAAGUAUUGUCUCGCGUCGCAAUUCGAGCAAUAUGUCAGUUGCGCGAGCUUUCAUGCCGCAAAAGCAGGUACCGAAGCGAGCAAGUUCGGAUCGCUAGCUGUGUCCGAUAAGGAACGUACUGUUGUGCAACCGAAAUAUUUGUGGCGCUGGGACGGGCGUAGCGAGGACGGGUAUGGAGCAUGGAUGUUGAAUGUCACGAGGGUCUGCGCCGCGCCAAUUUGCGCAUCAAAGGCUGAGGGUGUGUGUGCCCCUGACGUCGAUGAUCUCGAGAUGUUUCCGCCCUUGGGGCUUAAAGUUAUUAAAUGAUUUUGUUUCGAAUUUGAAUAUAGUAUGUGUUGUGGACACUAGAAGACCUCAUUAGUAAGUAGCAUCUUGUGGGUAUCGCUAAGGUACGAUUUAUCAGUUUACUAGGUCUGGUCAAUUGUUUCAAUGAUGGUUGAAUUAUGAGUUGCACGUCUGUGCAUUCAGUUGGGGCCCGCUUCGUCGAAUGUGAGUAUCUUCAAUCUGACGCCUCAUUCUCUGGUCGUCUAGUCUGCAAGAUAGGUGGAACACCAAAUCCAGCAACUUAUUGUUGCUCUCAUUCCUUUACGUUCCAUCCAAGGCUACCUCUUUGCUCUGUAAGCAUGCUACGAUGCGCCGAUCUUCGCGAUGGUGGGUCAGCCAGAGCCAAAUGAUCUAACGGUCUGUAUAAUUGUGAAAAAGAUCAUAUGAAUCGAUCGCAAAU